AUGUCUACAGGAUAAAGUACUAGGACAAUAUGAUUCAGACUAUAUUGCUAAUCGAAAAGAAAAAGUUCCUCUUGAAAUGUCUGAAGACUGCUUGUACCUAAAUGUGUAUUCACCCAGUGGUGCUGGAGAACAGGAGAAGCUGCCGGUCUUUGUAUGGAUCCACGGAGGUGGAUUCGUUUUGGGAGCGGCUUCGCCAUAUGAUGGUUCAGCAUUAGCAGCCUUUGACAAUGUGGUAGUUGUAACGAUUCAGUACAGAUUAGGUAUUCUUGGAUAUUUUAGCACUGGUGAUGAGCAUGCCCAGGGGAACUGGGGUUAUUUGGAUCAAGUAGCAGCUCUUCGAUGGAUUCAGGAAAAUAUCAUCAAAUUUGGAGGAAAUCCAGCAUCCGUCACUAUUGCUGGAGAAUCUGCAGGAGGGAUCAGUGUUUCUGCUCUUGUAAGUUCACAGAAACCAUUAGUUAUAAUCACUCUAAAAAAAAAUACCAUUCAUGCUUAUUUUUAUUGUUUUUAUUGUUUGCAGAGAAUUGCUACAGUAGCUGGUUGCCCGACAUCCAGUUCAGCUGCAAUGGUUCAGUGCUUGAGAAAAAAAACAGAAGAAGAGAUGGAACAAAUAACUCUAAAGAUGGAAUUCACAACGCUGAGGCUAUGCCGUACCUCAUUUGAAAAAUGUGAUCAGACUCCCUUGUUCAUCAGUGCAUCUGUGGAUGGUGUAUUUUUUCCUAAGAGUCCUCAGCAAUUGCUAUCUGAAAAAGCAAUUAAUGCAGUCCCAUAUAUAAUAGGAGUAAAUAACUGGGAGUUUGGAUGGAUCAUUCCUAUAGUAAGAGACUUAUACUGGUUCUCCUUUUAUAUAAUUUUGUUAAUAUAA